AUGUUCGACCUGCAGCGCAAGCGGAUCCUGGUUUCGACCAUUCUUCGGGAUCCCGUCGAGAGGAUCCGCUCCUGGUAUUACUAUUGGGCCGUUGGUCAGAGCCAUACGACCUUCCUGGACUGGCUCCAGUUCCGGCGAGACUUUGUGUCGGGCAAUUGGACCCAGGCUGGACUGGAGGCGCAAUCUCACGAGCCCAACUUUGCGGCGACGCUGUCGACUUUCCACAUGUCCUGCUGCGAGUAUGAGGUGUAUCUGGGCCAGGGCAGCGUGGAGAGGGCGAAGGUCGCGCUCGCCACACAGUUCGAUCUCGUUGGGAUCACCGAGCGCAUGAGCGAUUCCAUCGUUAGCCUGGGUAAACUCUAUGGAAAGACGGCUGAGGAGAUGGCCCAGAUCGGUCAGCACAUAGGGAAGGACCUUGAAAACUCGCGCAAGCUAGACUGGACCGACGAGGAGAAGUCAUUGGCGACCUACAUCGCCAACAAGAGCCCAGGUAGGCCUUUGGGACAUUUUACAUUUUCCCUUAGUAGGUUUACACCCUAA